AUGUUGUAUAUUAUAAUUUUAACCUUACAACUGUUGAGUGCCCAUUGUGGCGCUCAAUACUCGCACGCACGCCGCGAUCCACACAUCCGUCUUUCGGGUACUAACAACACCAAUGAUCAAUUGCAUCUCAGCGAUCCAAUUGCGACACUCAAUGCAACGGCUCUCUACGGUCAGUUGCCGACAUAUGGUUACAGUCAACCAAAAUACGCGCCGUCACUGCGUACCACGCCGCCUGAUGUGGCCAAAUAUCGUAAUCUCGGUAACUACUUCCAAGUUAUUCCGCCGAAUACGCAACUAACAAUGUUGGAACCGCCUGUCGCCACCGCCAAGCGAGAACUUAAGCAGCACUCGGAGUAUUUAACGCCGUUUUCAUUUAGUCAUCGUGUAUUACACUUGGGGAACAAACACACACAGGACUUGCGCCCGCGACGCUACACGAAUUCGAGCUACAAUGCUGACCUUUCACAAAACGAUUUGAAAGAUUCAAAUACCCUCCGCGCUAUUGACAAAGCUUUGCCGAUAGUCUUAACCGCUAGAAGAACACAGCGAGUACCGCAAGAGAAUGUGCAUAAUUUGCAGGAUCAAAGAGAGCAUCCUAAAAUAAUUCAGCAGACGCAAUCUUUUCAUGAUAUAUACAUGCGAUUUAAGAAUCCACAACAACAGAGUUUCGGGCAUGUCGAAUUUCAACCACAAAAACGCUUUGAGAAACGUUUCGAAUCGCUAAACAACAACAACAACGGCAAUCGUCAUCGCGGCGAGAUCGUAUGGGCUGAUGCGACGGGCGGUUACGGUGAGCACCAUUGGGAUUUGACGCAAGGAAAACUACGUUGA